AUGCCGACGCAUAGCUACUCCAGUCAGGAAGGACGGGCAACAGCUGGGUCGGUGCUGAGUGGCCUGCAGCAUUUGCUUGUAGUCGAGAUAAAUUUGCCCCUCAAUCCCAAAUUUUUCCUGAAUGGAUUAACAGGAAAGCCAGUGAUGGUGAAACUCAAGUGGGGAAUGGAGUACAAAAGCUAUCUGGUAUCUGCAGAUGGCUAUAUGAACAUGCAGCUUGCAAACAGAGAAGAAUAUACAGAUGGAGCAUUGUCUGGUCAUUUGGGUGAAGUUUUAAUAAGGUGUAAUGUUCUUUAAUUCAGGGGUGUUGAAGAGGAAGAAGAUGGGGAAAUG